AUGUUAAAUACGUAGGAAACUGUGUGAAAAGUGCGAUACCUAGUAAAGUGUUAAAAUAUACAGUGUAAUUAGCGUUAAAUUACUGCAUUCAACCAUAUGAUAGUGAACGCAGAAAAAUCGAUAUUUCUGCAGUAUCUCCGUUGCUAGGCUGUGACUUACUACAUGCAGUACAACAUACACGCGUAAAGACUUAAUUUCUCUCUAAUAUGACGUGAGUAACAAAGUUUUUGUUACAAAACAUCUAAAACAUGAUGGAAGGAAUAAUUUCCUACAGAGUGACACCACUAUUGAAAUGCAUAGUGUUGUUCCUGUUUAUUUUUACGGCAAAGGUACUCACUUCUCGGCCUCUAGAAUCUCAAGAUAUAAGGAAUGGAAUUCAUCACCUAAAGCCAUCCCACUAUGUGAGAACUUUUACUAAAUAUCAUCAUAGAAGAACUAUACAAUGGAAUAACCAACAAGAUUUGAAUAAUGAGUGGCCAGUUGUAAAUGAUCAUCCAAGAGUUAUUGGGAAGAGGAGUGCUGAUGCCCCAAACUAUGUAGAAGUGAGAGAUGUCUCAAAAGUAUACCAACAUGCAAAAUUAUUGAAGAAACGAAGCAUACCAGAUGAUAUUGUUGAGAAAAAAGUAUCUAACCCAGCUAUCAAGCGUAAAUACUGGCCAGCUAGGCACAUGAGAAUUGAGAAAAGAAGUUUAGAUGUUCCAAAUUCAAAUGAAUUUGUGGGGUCUUCUCAAGAGAUGCGUAGACUUGAUCAUUUCACUUCAGACACUGUUAGAGACAACAUAGUUGGGUCUUUUGAGAAGAAAGCUAUCAGUUCGGGGCGUGAUAAAGGAAAGAAUGGCUUGUCCAAUGAUAUUAAGAUGUAUAAAGUUAAGGCGGCUGUUAUACCAACAGAGAGGACUACUACAAAGGGUCCAACAAUAUCAUGUUUGUACAAAAUUCAUGAUAGCGUGGCUAUGAGUGUUACCCCUUCAUAUGCCGAUGAGAGAAAUGCUCAGUUGAUGGUUGAAAAUGACAGCUUUGAAACAGGUCCCAUAUCAGAGACCACUCUACCCAACGGCGAAUUGGCGCAAGUAGAGCAGUGCACAGAUACGAAAGCCUCGUGUUAUACUCUGUGGCAUCAGGACAAGGAUGCCAAUAUCACUGUUUUAGGACAAGGAUGCUGGCGAUCCUCGCAGACCGAAGGGCGAAGCUCCUGCGACAAGUGUACCAGAGUGUCAGCCCCGAGACUUCCUGGCACCAAAUUCUGUUGCUGCACCAACACUUACUGCAACGCCGACUUCUUAACCCUCAAAGAGGAAACGGUGACAAUGAAAGCUGAAUCGACAAUGGACAGCGGUGCCCAAAAUAUGGUUGCAGCGUCGAACAUACUCGCCUCGUCCGUACUAGCGCUAGUAGCUGUACUAGUACUAGCGCUUCUACUCACCAAGUUCUACUGCCGGUCGAAUCGACACCCGCAUAGUGAUACCGACACACUGAAUAUUGAAAAAGGAGAUGUGAUGGGUAGUGGUCCGGAUGCGCUAGCGACUGGACUCUCCUGCGUCGACAACCUCACGCUCAUUGAACAUAUUGGUCAAGGCAAAUUCGGUUCAGUCUGGCGUGGCAGUCUAGGUUCCGUUCCCGUAGCAGUCAAGCUGUACUCUAACACGAGUACGUGGCAGAGAGAGGCAGCGAUAUACGCAUUACCCCAUCUCGCUCAUCCUAAUAUACUGAGAUACUAUGGCAGCGACAGUCGCGCGACGCUGACGGGCGGAGGGGGGCGCUCCGAGCUGGUGGUGCUGGAACUAUGCGCGGGCCCGCUCCGCGCGCGACUCACGGCCGCCCCGCUCUCCUGGAGGGAGUUUGCGCAUCUUGCGCAUGGAUUAGCGGCUGCAUUAGCGCAUCUACAUACGCCUACUGGUAGCAAGCCCUGCGUAGUCCACCGCGACGUGAACAGCAACAACGUACUAGUGACGGCCGGCGGCGAUGCUCGCCUGGCCGACCUCGGUCUUGCGCAACUGCUGCACGCUGCGAGGGACCGCUCCGCCCCUACAAGGAUCACCGAGGCGGGUACCCUCCGCUACCUGUCUCCGGAAGCGCUAGAAGGAGCGCUGGACCUGUCGGGGGCGCGCGCGGCGCUGUGCGCGGUGGACGUGUUCGCGCUCGGCCUCGUGCUCUGGGAGAUGCUGUGGAGGACCCGCGGGGCCCACGCCGGGGCUCUGCCCUCCUACGCGCUGCCAUACCACCAUCACGGACUACCGCCGCGACCCACUCUCGCACAGAUGCAGAGCUUAGUUUCCCGCAACAAGGCUCGGCCCCCACUACCUAAAGGGCCGGUGCAACAAUCCAGAGCAUUGAAGAUCGCUGCCGAUACCUGCGACGAAUGCUGGGAUCAUGAUGCUGAGGCUAGAUUGACAGCGGUUUGCGUGGAAGAAAGGAUGGCUGAGUUGAAACAGAUGUUACACGCCCAGGGUCCGCUCAUACAUGACAACAACUUACAUCCACAUCCACCCGCGGAUUCCAACGUGCCAUCACCACCGGAAAUGGACAAGAAUUCAAACUGUACGUCUACACAAAAUAUAGACGUUCACACACCCCUGCUGUACCCCCAACCGCAUAUAGGGCGUAACGCGUGCAUAGAACGCAACACACACACAAACACACAGUCCACCACCGUUGAACUCAUACACAAGUCUCUCAAAGAUAUUACUGCACCCAUAGAGACUCUGAGAGUCCCUAACAUAGAAGAGAAUUGUCUCUCAGUAGCCAGAGUCUCUAGCCACCCCCGAAUCUCUCUAUUAGAAAACUCGGCUUUACCAGAAGUAAGGUCCUACCAAAGACCCCUAGAUUACGUUCAAAAUGACGUCACAAUCAACGAAGACAGAGGGCCCAAACAAACAAAUCUCCUCCAAGACGUUAAGGUCGAAAAACCUAAAUGGGGCUUCAAGAAAUUUUUCGAGAAACUCAAUAGAAAUAAAAUGGAAACCGAAGUGAAGUUAGCGGAGAAUUCGCAAAGGACUUUGACCUCUAUAGUCGAUAAGCCGUCGAAUAAUGAUAUUAGACCCUCAAAUCUAUCUAUUACGCAAGAUCGGAGCCCGUAUAACUUCGAAGGACCUUGCACUCUAUCGCCUCCGAAUAGGACUCUUUCUCCAACAAUGAUGAUGGAUUCGGAGAACAAAGUAUUUGGUUUCAAAGAGCUUCCGAAUAGAGACGCUGAAGCGAGAACACCGAACCAGAUAUUCGCAGUCAUAGUACCGAAGGCGAAACCGCCAGAUUAUAUAGAAAUUAAGAAUAAAGGAAGUUCGGAGAGUCUUAAGCGUUCAGUAAACACUUCGUCGUGUCAGAGUAUAUUGAAAUCGAAUUCUGAGUCCGAAGACUCGACUGCUAAGAAGAGAUUGAGUUGUGAGAACAGAAUGGGUAGUGGAAGUUCUUCGAGAGCGAGUAUCAACUUAGAACUACAGUACAUUGACACACAAGACUCCUUCAACGGGCCCAUUACCCCAUUCGACAUGAAUUCGGACUGUUCAAGCAGUGAAGAUGAACAUUUAAUGCUUCUAUCAGAAAAUGGCGGGUCCAAAAUAACAAUGCAAACUAUACCUAAACAAGAAAUUAAAAAGAACGACGUCCUUAAAGAAUCUAGUCAAGUAACUGAUUUUACGUUUAAUAAAUAUCAAAAUAAAUAUACGAAUUUCGAUAAUGAGUUUAGCGAUCCCAACGAUAAGGAAAACGCUGUCAAUGGGUUUAGUGGGGACAAUCCAGUCUACUUCGCGGCUUUGAAUGGAGAGAUUGAUUCUUCUGAGUUGAAAUUCCAAGGGAAUAGAUCCCCGAAACCGACGUUAAAGAACUUGGCUAUCAAGAGACAGCAUUCUUUGGAACAGGUAAGUGAGAUAUUCUCCUCAGCCGGUGAUGUGAACCUCUUAAAUCCAGCUGGGAGGGUCAAAACUCCCGGAGACCUGCCCGUAGCUGUGAGGAAAGCAAGAAGAGAUAGGGCCCUACAAAAAGGAAGAGCGAGUGAAUGUAAUAGAUUGAGUCUGUACGAUGACCGAAUGAUGUUCGGGAAUAGUUUGUAGUUCGGUCUUACAUACAGCUAGAUAUGUAUAAUAAUUUUUACGCAAGCAAAAAUGUACUUUGUGCCCCUUCGAUUUGAGUUUAAAAUUGAAUUGUUGAUAGUCAUGAACAAAUGUGUCAUUUCCUUUAGCAUUUAUAUAUGUAUUAGAAGUUUAGAAGUAAGCAAACGAACAGACAAACAGAGAUUUCCUAUAUAUAAAUAAAGCAACUUUAAUACUAUUACCUCACAUUCGUUAUAAGAAGAAAAUAUUAUAAUGGUCUAGCUAGAGGAUGUUGUUGGCUUAAUUGGCU